AUGUCGGGUAGAAGAAGGGCAUAUCCACAACCACAAUAUAGUGCUGGGGCUACUCCUGGCGUUCCAGGUCCGAUUGGUCAACAACCUCAACAACCAAUUGGUGGUCAACCACAAGCAUCAACUUAUGGACCUGAACAAAUAACUCAGCAGUUUCAGGGAAUGUAUGUCCAUCAACAAGCUCCAUCAGCUUCACAAUAUCAACAACCACAACAACAAUAUCCACAACAACAAUCGAAUCAACAACAAGGAGGAUUAAGUUAUGAUCCAUAUCAAGCACAACCUGGAGCAGGCUCUGUUUAUGGACAAGGAAUGGGUGGUAUUCCACCAGCUCCAGCAAGUCAAGGAGGAUUACCACAACAAGCAGCUGGUGGAUCUGGAUAUGCGGGGUAUGGUCAACCAAAUAAUAUUGCAUCUGGUAUACAAUUUAAUGCAUUAUAUACAACUGAUUUAUCACGAGAUUUACCACCACCAAUUGCAGAAUUAUCAUUUCAACCACCCCCAAUUACUAUACCGGAAAGUGCUACAUUGAUACCAGGAUCUAAAACUGCAAAUGGUAAACCAGAAUAUUUUAGAUCUACUUUAAAUGUUGUACCAAAUAAUUCAUCAUUAUUGAAAAAAUCAAAAUUACCAUUAGCUUUAGUUGUAAAACCGUAUAAUGCAUUAAGAAUUGAUGAUGAAAAUGUUCCUGUCACUUGUGAUACUACAAUAAGUAGAUGUCGUCGUUGUCGUGGUUAUAUUAAUCCUUUCAUUACAUUGGCAGAAAAUGGUAGACGUUGGAGAUGUAAUUUUUGUAAUUUAUUAAAUGAUAUACCAAGUGCUUUUGAAUAUGAUGAAAUUAGUGGACAAGUUAAAAAUAAAUUUGAUAGAGUAGAAUUAAAUCAUUCAGUUGUUGAAUUUAUUGCACCAAAAGAAUAUAUGGCAAGAGCUCCUCAACCAAUUGUAUAUGUUUUCAUUAUUGAUGUUUCAGUUCAUGCUGUUCAAAGUGGAUUAACUGGUACUAUAACAAGAACUAUAUUGGAAAGUUUAGAUAGAAUCCCAAAUGCGAAUAAAACUGCAAGAGUUGCUUUUAUCGGUGUUGAUUCAACUUUACAUUAUUUCAGAUUUAAUGAAGGUUUAGAAGGUACUGAAAUAAUGGUUGUUGCAGAUAUCGAUGAACCAUUUUUACCGUCACCAGGUGGGUUAUUAGUUAAUUUGGAUGAAAAUAGAGAAGCAAUUGAAAAAUUAUUAUUAGAUUUCCCUACUUUCUUUGAAGGAAAUGCAAAUCAAGGCUUUGCUUUGGGUCCUGCAUUAAAAGCAGGUCAUAAAUUGAUAAGUAAUGUUGGUGGUAAGUUAGUAUGUUUUACUGCUUCUUUACCAAAUAUUGGUGAAGGUAAAUUAAGUGUAAGAGAUGAAGCAAGUGUUGCCGGUAAAGCAAAAGAAGCAAAAGCGUUAUUGACAUCUGCUGAUAGUUUUUAUAAAUCAUUUGCAGUUAAUUGUAAUUCAUCACAAGUUACAGUUGAUUUAUUUUUAACUUCUGCUGCUUAUCAAGAUGUUGCAACAUUAUCAAAUUUACCAAGAUAUACUGCUGGUCAAACUCAUUAUUACCCAUCUUGGACAAGCAAUAGAGAUGAAGAUAUUGCUAAAUUAUCUAAAGAAGUUAGUGAUCAUUUAUCUCAAGAUAUUGCAUUAGAAGCUGUUUUAAGAGUAAGAGGUUCAACUGGUUUUAGAAUGUCUUCCUUUUAUGGUAAUUUUUUUAAUAGAUCAUCAGAUUUAUGUUCAUUUCCAACUUUCCCAAGAGAUCAAUCAUAUCUUAUUGAAAUGUCUAUAGAGGAAACUAUAACUAAACCAGUUGUUUAUUUCCAAGCAGCUGUAUUACAUUCAACAUCAUUUGGAGAAAGAAGAAUUAGAGUUAUGAAUUUAGCUUUACCUGUAUCAUCAAAAUUAGUAGACAUUUACGCAUCUGCUGAUCAAUUAGCAAUAACUGAUUUUUUCACACAUAAAGCUAUUGAAAAAGCAUUAUCUUCUUCAUUACCAGAAGCAAGAGAUUAUUUGAUUGCAAGAGUUGUUGAUAUUUUGAAUAUUUAUAGAAAAGAAUUAGUUGCUGGAAAUGUUUCAGGUGCCUCACCAUUACAAAUAUCAACUAACCUAAGAAUGUUGCCAUUAUUGUUGUUCUGUUUAACUAAACAUCUUGGUUUCAGAAGUGAUAGAGUACCAUCAGAUCAUAGAGCUGCUGCAUUAAAUAAUUUAGGUUCAAUGCCAAUCCCACAAUUAAUAAAAUCUAUAUAUCCAACAGUAUAUUCAUUACAUGAUAUGCCAGAUGGAUGUGGUUUACCUGGAAUAAAACAAGACGAAGAAGAUCAAGAACAAGAAGAUAAUACUGAAAUAGAUGUUGUAUUACCAGAACCAAUCAACGACUCAAAAACAAGUUGGGAAGGUUAUGGAUUAUAUUUAAUAGAUAAUGGCAGUGAAUUAUUCCUUUGGGUUUCAGGAAAUGUAGUACCUGGAUUAAUUCAAGAUGUAUUUGGUACAGAAAAUCUUUACGAAAUCCCAACAGGUAAAACAGAAUUACCAGAAUAUUCAAUUGAAGAAAGUGAAUUCAAUUAUAGAGUUCGUCAAAUCAUUGGUAAAAUAAGGGAACAAAAUGAUUCAAUAAUAUGGAAAAAUCUUUAUGUUGUUGUUGGAGCUUCUUCAAAUGAACCUAUAGAAAUUUCUCAACAAAGAGAUUUAAUGGCUUUAAGAAUGUGGGCUUCAAGUUGUUUAGUUGAAGAUAAAAUUGGUAGUGAACCAACUUAUAGAGAUUUCUUAACUUCAAUAAAAUCAAAAGUUAGUCAAUAG